AUGCUUGCGAGAUUAUCUUCCAAAAAAGCUGCACAAGCAUUAACCACUAGAUCAUUCUCCUUAACCUCUGUAAUUUUGAAAUCAUCUGUCUCAAAAGAUCAGGUUUUAGUAUCAAAACAUGUCCAAGAUAUUGAUCCUGAAAUGUAUUCCAUUUUACAAAAGGAAAAAUUGAGACAAAAACAUUCAAUUACUCUGAUUCCAUCCGAAAACUUUACUUCCAAAUCUGUUAUGGAUCUUUUAGGUUCUGAAUUUCAAAAUAAAUAUUCUGAAGGCUACCCAGGCGCCCGUUAUUACGGUGGUAACCAAUAUAUAGAUGAAAUGGAAUCACUUUGUCAACGUAGGGCUUUAGAAUUGUAUAAAUUAGAUCCAAACGAAUGGGGGGUCAACGUACAACCAUUGAGCGGUGCUCCUGCUAACUUAUACGCCUAUUCGUCUAUCAUGAAUGUCGGUGAUAGAUUGAUGGGUCUUGACCUACCUCACGGUGGCCAUCUAUCACACGGUUACAGUCUCAAUUCUGGGACUCCAAUCAGUUUCAUCUCCAAGUAUUUCCAAUCUAUGCCAUAUAGAUUAGAUCUAUCCACCGGUUUAAUCGACUAUGAGGCUUUAUCUAAGACUUCUAAAUUGUUUAGACCUAAGAUUAUUGUAGCCGGUACCUCCGCCUAUUCUCGUUUGAUCGACUAUGAAAGAUUUCAGAAAAUAGCUAGAGAAUGUGGUGCCUAUCUUUUAAGUGACAUGGCUCAUAUCUCUGGGCUUGUUGCCGCAGAAGUGAUCCCAUCUCCAUUCCCGUACUCUGAUAUUGUCACAACUACCACACAUAAAUCCUUGAGAGGUCCUCGUGGUGCAAUGAUCUUUUACAGAAAGGGGGUCGAAAGGACUACUGCAAAGGGAAAGCAGAUCAUGUAUCCAUUCGAUAAAAAGAUCAAUUUCUCAGUGUUCCCUGGCCAUCAAGGUGGCCCACACAAUCACACAAUAUCUGCAUUGUCCGUAGCUUUGAAACAAGCAAUGACCCCAGAAUUUAAAGAAUAUCAAAAGAGAAUCGUCAGCAACUCUAAAUAUUUUGCUAAAGAAUUGCGUAACCGUGGCUUCAAAUUGGUGUCUGGCGGAACUGACAACCAUUUGAUUUUAAUUGACUUGUCUGAGACUGAUGUUGAUGGUGCCAGAUUGGAGGCUAUUUUACAACAUAUCAAUAUUGCUGCUAAUAAAAAUACCAUUCCAACUGAUAAAUCCGCUAUGUUCCCAUCUGGCUUAAGAGUAGGUACUCCUGCCAUGACUACAAGAGGUUUCCAAGAGAAAGAUUUUGCUAAAGUUGCAGAAUACAUUGAUAAAGCUAGAAAAUUAGCCUUAGACUUGAAACAACAGGAAACUGCCAAAACUUCUGGUUCAGAUUCUUCUAUUGAGGACAAACCAUUGACACCAACAGAGAGAUUGAACAGAUUCAAACAAUUAUGCAAGGAAUCAAGAGAAGUCAAAGAAUUGGCUGACGAAAUCUAUAAUUGGGUCGGGCAAUUCCCUGUUCCUGGUGAAUUAUAA